AUGAGAAAUCUGUAACCAAUCUAAAAUGUAUUUCUAAGAUAAGAUUACAAUGUCGGAAAAAUAAAUUUAGUUGUCUUACAUGGGUUAUUGGGUUCAAAAACUAAUUUUAAAAAUUUAGUUAAUAGUACUCAAAUAAGUAAAUAUCUGAAAUCUGCUUACUUGUUAGAUGUCAGGUAUAAUAUAUUUAAAUAUUUUAGGAAUCAUGGUGAUUCUCCAAAAACAUAAACAAUGAGUUAUGAAGAGAUGGCAUGUGAUUUAAAACACUUUAUUGUUAAUCAUAAUCUUAAAAAUGUAGUUUUUAUGGGACAUUCAAUGGGAGGCAGAAUAAUAUUUUCAUAUUUGGAGAAUUUUCCAAAUGAUUGGCCACUUGGUAAUGUAAUAGUAGAUGUUGGACCAGGUAAAAGUGAUGGCAAAAAUUAUAUUAAGAAAUUAUAAGAAAUUGAUCUUAAAAACAAAAAUCUAAAAGACAUAGAGUAAAAUAUAUAUGAAGUAGUUAAGAACAAGGUAAUGACUCAAUUGAUUAUAACAAAUCUUACAUCCACAAAUAAAGAUGGAAUAAAUAUUAAUUAUGACUGGAGAUUGAAUAUUGAUUCAAUAUCAUAGUUUUCAAAUUAAGGUCAUAAAGAAUUUAGAAGUAAUUAUAAUGGUCCAGUAUGUGUUAUAUGCGGAGAAAAAUCAGAAUAUGUGAAUUAUAAUGAUAGAAAUCGCUUUUUACAAAUAUUUCCAAAAAUAGACAUCGAUAAAGAUAUACAUUUUAUAGCAGGAGCAGGGCAUUGGGUCUAAGUGGAAAAACCAAGAGAAUUUAUUAAUUUGACAAGCCAAUAUUUAUCUUAAUUUUGA